AAUUAUUUAUUUUACAUCGCUAUUGAUUCAAAAAUAUAUGUUUUACUGAUACGUGUCAUAUAAAAAUUAAUACUUCAGAACUUAAGGAUUAAAAAUGCAUACAGUUUUAACCAGAGGAAAUGCCACAAUUGCUUAUACGUUAUCAGUAUUAGCCUGCUUAACAUUUUGUUGUUUUAUUUCAACUGUAUUUCUGGACUACAGAGUUAAAUCUAAUAUUAAUACAGCUAAGAUUUUGGUAAAAAAUGUUCCAGAUUACGGUGCCUUGAGAGAAAAACACGACUUGGGAUUUAUCACCUUUGAUUUGGAAACUAACUUGACGAGUCUCUUUAAUUGGAAUGUAAAGCAGUUGUUCCUUUUUCUUACAGCGGAAUAUAGUACUGAAGAUAAUGUACUAAAUCAAGUUGUUUUAUGGGAUAAAAUCAUACGUAGAGGAGAGAAUGCGAUUUUAGACUUCAAAAAUAUGAAUACAAAAUAUUACUUUUGGGACGAUGGAAAUGGUUUAAGGAACAACAAAAAUGUAACACUUUACCUUUCAUGGAAUAUAAUUCCAAAUGCCGGAGUUUUGCCUACAGUGAUGUCAUUAGAUUCUCAUCAGUUCAAAUUUCCAGCAGAGUAUGCAUCAGCCUUAAUAUAAUUAUAAUUCCUGUUUUUAUAUUCCAUAACAAUUGUAUUUUAAAGUGUAAUACAGUCUAUUGGACUGUAUUACAAUAUAAUUAUAAUUCGUGUUUUUAUAUUCCAUAACAAUUGUAUUUUAAAGUGUAAUACAGUCUAUUAGGCAACAACACGUAUAACUUACAUCAAAUAAAACAACUAAAAAAUAAAUUAUUUGUGUCACAGAUAUAAAA